AUGGAUCCGGGUUUGGAGGAGCUGAUGCCUCGUCUAUUACCCGUGGACGACUGUGACUUGCCCGAAGACUUCGACCCUACAGUGCCUCCCAGGACGCCCCAGGAGUAUCUGAAGCGCGUCCAGAUUGAAGCAGCUCGAUGCCCAGAUGUGGUCGUGGCGCAAAUAGACCCCAAGAAACUGAGAAAGAAGCAGACAGUAAACGUUUCCUAUUUUCUUAAGAUUUCUGGAUGUCACCCUGCUCCUGAAGGAUAUUGCCCAACACUCAAGUGGCAACAGCAGCAAGUGGCAAAUUUCUCAGCUAUUCGUCAGAGCCUGGCUAAGCACAGAAAUCACUGGCAGUCACAACAUUUGGACAGCAAUGUCAGUAUGCCAAAAUCAGAGGAUGAAGAAGGCUGGAAGAAGUUCUGCCUGGGUGAAAGAGUAUACUCAGAAGUAGAUGCAGUAUCUGAUAAUGAAAAUCUAGGAGUUGAUUACAUAAAGGUGGGCUUUCCCCCUUUGCUAAGUAUUGUAAGCAGAAUGAAUCAGGCAACAGUAACCAGUGUCUUAGAAUACCUGAUAAACUGGUUUGGAGAGAAAAAAUUUACUCCAGAACUGGGUAGAUGGCUUUAUGCACUGUUGGCAUGCCUUGAGAAGCCUUUGCUACCUGAAGCUCACUCCCUUAUUCGACAGCUGGCAAGAAGAUGCUCAGAAGUCAGAGUACUAGAGGAGAACAAGAAUGAAGAACAGUUAUCAGCACUGAACUUGAUCAUCUGCUUAGUUAGCAGGUACUUUGAUCAACGUGACUUGGCUGAUGAACCUCCCUAGACUGUUUUGAGAAUACAAAGUAUUCUACAUUGUCAUAUUACAAGCAGCAUUAGCAGAGCUAAUAGCAAAACACUGCACUGUUCACACCUGAAGUACUAUAAAGCCCCUUCAGGAUACCAUCAUGAUAAUGCAUUUGGUACAGCUAUGAGUACCCUAAUGUGAGCUGUAUUUAGUAUGAGUUUGUCCAUGUUUUAGAUGUCAUCAUUACCAUCGUUGUAAGAUGGUCAAUGAACUGCCUGGCAUCAUCUCUCAAGCUACUGUCUCUGUAAACUAUGUUCUUGGUUAGAAAUCUCCACCAUCUGAGUAAUCCUAUGGACACUGCUAUUAGGUGAAGUCUGAAGUUACAUUACAAAUCGUUGAUCUUUAUCUAGGACACAUCUAUUGAGGGCUUUUGAAAUAAAACUGAAGUUAUAAAGUGUUCUUAAA